ACAAGUUUGAGUCUGAGGCUGAACUGCUAAAGUGGAGAGUGUAGUUACAACGGUGUAUGUGUGUACAAUAAGUUAAAGUUUUCAUGCAGACGUCAAACGCUCAAAUCAAACGAUCAACUGCGAAAACGUUGAUGAACUUAUUGAAUAAUUAUAAUCGGAUUGUUGUACAUUAUUUGUUAAAUAUACAUUAAGUGAGCAUGUCGACGUCGACGAUGGAAGGUUCUCUGAGCAAGUGGACGAAUGUCGUCAACGGCUGGCAGUACCGAUGGUUCGUACUUGAUGACAAUGCUGGACUGCUUUCGUACUACACCAGCAAAGAGAAGAUGAUGCGGGGCGCGAGGCGGGGUUGCGUGAGGCUUAAGGGCGCGAUAAUCGGCAUCGACGACGAGGACGACAGUACGUUCACCAUCACCACCUCCUCGAGCAAAGAUGACCCCAAGACGUUCCACUUUCAAACGAGAAACGGCGAGGAACGCGAACGGUGGGUCCGUGCCCUCGAGGACACGAUACUUCGACACUCGCACUCGUGCUGGGAUCCGCGAAAACCACCCCCGAAACAGGACUUUGACCGCAAGGUGGCAGAGGCCGACGUGUACCUGCAGCUCCUGAUAGACCAGAUAAAGAAGAUCGAGCAGCGCCAGCGGGACCUCGAGGAGAUGCAGCAAGAGGAGGAAGAAGAACAAUCCGCGGAGUCGGAUGCGAACACAAAGAGCCAACGCUUUGCGAGCAUACUCAGGCAGGCCAACGCCAUGCUAAACUCGGUCAAGCACGCCAUUGUCCAUCUUCAGAUAGCCAAGAACACUGCUAUCCCCGUGAACGGUAUCUAUCAGGGCCCAACAGCCGAGCCAGUACUCGUGACGAGCCCAUUCAAACACGUUCCACCUAGGGAGCCAGAUCCAACCGUGCAAACGGGCAUCGAGCUUGGCUCCGAGUGCACCGAGCCGCAAAACAAUCAUUUGAAUGUAUCUACCAGCAGAAGCCUUGCCGUCCCGGAAUAUUCAUAUUCAUCUUCGGACGAAGACGAAGACUUUUAUGACGCUGCCGAUGAAAUCACCCCAACGCUCUCCCAAACAACGACGAAAAAACGAGAAAUCGAAAAAACGCCAGUUUCGACGGAAGACAGCCACGUGGAAAAUCGUCCUACGACCAUAAAGGUUCCAGCCGCUCCCCCCGUCAAGCACGACGGAUCGAUAGACUACGACGCAAUGUACGAGGAGGAAAGCGAAGAAGAAAUCGAUUCCAUGGAAAGUCAUGGAUCGGUGGUGACGCAUCUUCUGUCCCAAGUGAAAAUUGGGAUGGACUUGACAAAGGUCGCUCUGCCGACGUUUAUCCUGGAGCGCAGAUCACUGCUAGAAAUGUAUGCAGAUUACUUCGCUCAUCCCGAUCAGUUUGUCUGUAUUGCCGACAUGCCAACACCAAGGGAUCGCAUGGUGCAGGUGGUCAAGUGGUACGUGUGCAGUUUUCAUGCUGGUCGCAAAUCCGGCGUUGCCAAAAAACCGUACAAUCCGGUGCUGGGCGAGACAUUCCGUUGCUUUUGGGACUUGACGUCCACAAGUAAGGACGCGUCAAACACCAAGCACGUGGAAGACGGACCAGUGCCUUGGUGCAACCAAGAUCAAUUAACGUUCAUCUCCGAACAAGUUUCGCACCAUCCACCUGUGAGCGCCUUCUACGCGGAACACUACGCGAAAAAAAUCAGCUUCGAGGCACACGUCUGGACAAAGAGUAAAUUUCUGGGCUUGAGCAUCGGCGUGCACAACGUGGGCAAAGGUCUGGUGAGGGUGCACGACCGAGACGAGGAGUACGUGCUGACCUUUCCCAAUGGGUACGCGCGCUCGAUACUCACCGUUCCCUGGAUCGAACUCGGCGGCGCCAUCAGCAUCACCUGUGCCCAGACCGGCUACCACGCCAACAUUGAAUUCCUCACCAAGCCGUUUUACGGCGGCAAACGCAACCGAAUCACUUGCGCGAUCAACGGGCCCAACGAGAAGAAGCCCUUCCUGCAGAUCAAUGGCGAUUGGAGCGGCGUCAUGGAAGCCAAGUGGGCCGACGGGAGGACAGAAAUGUUUGCGGACGUGAGGGAGCAGAGGAUACAGAAAAAAAUGGUCAAGACCAUGAGCGAACAAGAGGACAACGAGUCGCGCAAAGUUUGGCGAGAGGUCACGAUGGGUCUUCGUAUCAACGACAUGGACAAGGCAACGGCCGCUAAAUGCGCGAUCGAGCAAAAGCAGCGAGACGACGUGCGUCACCGCAAGGAAAACAACAUUACUUGGCAGACAAAGCUGUUCAAGGAGACCAAUGACGGCGGCUGGGUGUACACAAAUCCUCUAGAAACGAGAUUACGGGUGACGAGGACGAACAACGACUCGGUGGAUGCACCAGGUGCUUCCUCGGCCCCCUAAAUCGGGUCACUGUUAUUUAAUCGCGCGCACAAACAAAAAUAUACAUGAAAUUGUUGACAAGAUAUGAUGUACAUUUUUAACUUAUAUAUCUUUGCUCGCUGCAGGCCUAUACAAGUGAAUGUGUGUAAAUUUUUUUUUUUUUGCACACUGUUGACACUUUUUUUAGUUGAUUGUAUGAAGCUCGAAGGAACGUGAAAAUGUGUCCAACGGCUUUUGAAAUGAAAACUUGCGUUUUAUACAUUUGUGUGACCUUUUGUUUGUUAUUAUUCUUUUAACGCAUCUAUUGACGACGCGUUUGCACAAAAAUAAAUUUAAAAUUCAAGAAAUCAUGAUAGUAUUAACGUUUUAUACACAGAAUCUCAACAGAUUGACAAACAUUGGGAUCAUUCAUUUUUAGUUGUUACAAUAGGGCAUGUUGAAUGUGAUUUAUUUUUUAAAAACGAAGAAUUCUCUAAAUCGUGGCAACGGGUUGAACUUCUAUUCACGUUGCCUCGUAACAGUACACAUUAUUUUUGUGAAAGACCGACAAAUGAUAAACUAGAAAGUUGAAGAAUCUUUGAUUCGUUUUUAAUGCAAAACUUGAACAAAUCCGACCUGUUGACAGCGAAAAUCAAAUGUAUGAUACAUUAAUCCUGAAAAGAGAUGAUUGUCUAAUGUGCGAUGAUUAUCGGUUGAAUCUAUCCAAGUGGCCUUUGAUAAUAGAUAGACAGAGGUGGGCGACAACACAGGUGUGUAAAGCAUUCGUUUCAGCAUUCCCGCUCACAAUUCUUCCAUUUGAAAAACAAAAACAUGUUACUCCUCUGGAUGCUGAGAAACUUUGAUCCUGGAUGGUGCAUUUAUAAAUGUAAGAAAUAUGUAUGAAAAUUUAUUUAUCCACUCACAACGGGUAAAUAAUUUUUAAGUAAUGUAAAACAAAUUAUUAUUGUCUUAACAGACUUGUAGUAUAAAUAUACUCUAUAGUUAUUAACCACAACAAGGAACAAUAAAUUACACGCGGGUGUAUGUAAUUAUAACAUGGCGAGUAUUCAUAGGAUUAAAUAUAAAAAAUGUGUACAUUUGUUGAGAGCAUGCUUUCUUUGUUAAUAUUAGUGGCAUAAUUUUGUAGAGUAAUCUGUAAUCUGUAUGAACGUAUAUAGUAUGUAACAUUGAGGUAAAAAAGUUUACAACGUAAAUUGAUAGGUCUAGCCGAGUUUUAGAGUCGUAAGAGUCCAGCUGCAUAAAAUCUACAGUUAUUGAAGAAAAUGUUAAUCAAUAGAUUCUAUAUGAUUUUUCGCUAAAAUAAAUUACUUUGAGAAAUUUCAAA